AUGUCCGAUACCGUCCACGACCUCAGCACGGCCCCGGCCGAGGGGCAACGCAUCACACACAAUAAUGUGGUUUACACAACGAUUAAGGAGGGGCUCGCCUACAUUUUAGUCCCCGAGGACUCGGCGAAGGAUGGGCAGACGGCCCAGCAAGUGUUUUACAAUCCGAUUCAGCAGUUCAACCGCGACUUGACCAUCCUGGCUAUGAAUGCCUACGGAAAAGACCGUAUCGAACAGAAGCAAACCGCUAGCAUAGCCCGCGCUGGGAAAAUCGAAAAGAAGAGGAAACGACGGGGACCGGCACAGAACGAGCAACCACAGCCCGAGCGGCCCACCAAGUCUGCAAAACUUGACGAUGGCACCCAAUCCGCCGACGUCCAAGCCGAUGCUGCAAAACCUGAUGUGCCAGAGGAACAGGAACCAGAGACCGCCGCCGAGGGAGAAAAUCAUCCGGAAGGCACUGAUGGGGCCAGACCGGAUGCUGAGGCUGCAACCGAAAUUCAUGCCGAGGCAGACACAGAAGUAUUAGUGAGCGAUGGUGCGGCAGCGAAGAACGAGCCGAAAACGAGUUUCACGAUUCUAGAUGCCUUGUCAGCCAGUGGCCUACGUGCCCUGCGCUACGCCCACGAAAUACCAUUCGCCUCAAGCAUCACAGCCAACGAUAUUCUCAAGACCGCUGCCCAAGCGAUCGAACGCAACGCCAUCCAUAACCGAGUCCCUGACAAAAUCAAAGUCUCAGUCGAUGACGCCACGGCGCAUAUGUACGAUGUCCUUGUGAAAGACCUUCGCCGGACAACUCUGGGGAGGAAUAAAACUGGCCCAAGCGAGAAAUACGACAUCAUCGAUCUUGACCCAUACGGGAGCGCUGCCCCAUUCUUGGACGCCGCUGUUCAGGCAGUGCGCGAUGAUGGUGGACUCCUCUGUGUGACUUGCACGGAUUCAGGGAUUUGGGCGUCCAACGGGUACCCAGAGAAGUGCUACUCCUUAUACGGUGGAAUCCCGAUCAAAGGCUGGUACUCUCACGAGGUGGGAAUCCGGCUCAUUUUACACGCGAUCGAAACCUCAGCUGGAAGGUACGGACUUGCCAUGGAACCAUUGCUGUCUUUGUCAGUGGACUUUUACAGCAGGGUUUUCGUUCGGCUUUGGAAGUCCCCAUCCAUGGUCAAGUUCCAAGGUGGGAAGAACAUGAUCGUCUACAGCUGCGGCAUGGGCUGCGGGGCCUGGACAACUCAAUUUCUGAUGAAGAACAAGGAAGCACCAAACAAGAAGGGUGAUGGAACGUUCUUCAAGCAUGGCUUCACCAGGGCCCCGACUGCAGGCACGUCUUGUGAGCAUUGCGGGUCGGUGAUGCAUCUCGCUGGUCCGAUGUACGCCGGGCGCAUCCACUCGCCUGAAUUCGUCAAGAAGGUGAUCUCCGAAGCGGAAGCUGCCUCUCCAGAGGUGUACGGUACGAGGGAAAGAAUUAGGGGUAUGCUCCAGACGGCACUGGAAGAAUUUAUCCCGUCCCGAGAAGAAAUGGAAGCUGAAUCGAAGGAGGCCGGUGACCAAUCCAAGAAGAUCAAAAAGACCUUUACGGAAGCCCAAGUCGCCGCCGUCGAUCCGUAUCCGUUUUACUUCCAUCCAGCGCACGUAUCAGGGACCUUACAUUGCGCCAGCCCUCCUGAAAACGCACUGAGGGGUGCCUUGAUUGGACUCGGGUACCGGGUUACGCGGAGUCACUGCAAACCUGGAAGCAUGAAGACAGACGCGCCAUGGUCCAUCAUCUGGCAUGUAUUCCGGGAAUGGGUUCGCCAGAAGGCGCCGGUGAAAGAGGAGAACAUCAAGCCCGGCAGUGUCGCUUAUAGACUGCUAGGCUUGGGCAAGAAGGCUGAAGAGGCUGCGCCAGAAACCCAGAACGGCGGCGAGGGCAGCAACAUCACCGAGGCCCAGGGAGCCACCAAGGAAGCCUCAGAGUGUCUGAAGGACGGGCACGAGACCUUGAAGGAAGUGGUAUUUGACGAGCAGCUCGGGCGACACCAGGAGCGGAAGAAGUACGUGCGGUACCAGAUGAAUCCUCGGGAGAACUGGGGUCCGAUGAAUCGGGCCAAGGGGAAGUGA